GGCAUGACCCCCAACAGUUGCAGAAUUGCAGCAGCUCUCGGCGGUGUUCGGGGAAAUGGUCAGUGACGGAUGGGGCCAGCACGGGUGCCCAUGGGGACAACAAGCGAUCGUCGAUGGGUUCUGUGGGCAUCGCUGUGCCGGAUGUCGUGGGUAACAACGCAGCAGCUGGUGGGACCAAGGAAAGAACAAGCACACCUUGUUCAUUCGACAAGAAGACGAAUGACAGUGAAGCCCAGAGGCGAGAAUCUGAUGAUGAUACCUGUGAUGAGCCUGACGAGAAGGACGCGUUGAAGAAGGACAAAGAGUUCAUCAUCACCACAGGCAUCAUCACCAUCAUCAUCAUCACAUCAAGCCGGAUUCAGCGAGUGCUGUUGCCUGGAUGGUGAUUGCUGGAGACGGUUUGCACAACCUGACUGAUGGGAUCGCCAUUGGAUCCGCAUUCGCCGUUUCUUACUGGGGCG